AUAUCAGUUCUCUAAAAUUCAGGAUCUUGACUUUGCCAAGUUCUUCAUCUUUAUGUUAUGAGGCUCCAGAAGUUUAGAGGUUCUUAGUCAGUGCGGAGUCUUCUGGAGCAGAGGACGCUCAUUGAGCUAGGCAUUCCCACGAUGUGGCUGGUUUUAACAACAACCUGUUGUUUGAUCUGUGGAACUUUAAAUGCUGAUAGAUUCUUUAAUUUGGAAAAUGAAGCGAAUCCUGAAGUGUGGAUGAAUAUUAGUGAGAUCAUCACCUAUAAUGGCUACCCCAGUGAAGAGUAUGACGUCACUACUCAGGACGGGUACAUCCUCAGUGUCAACAGAAUUCCCCAUGGACGAAGAGGUGCCCGGAGCCCAGGCCCCCGGCCAGUCGUGUAUUUGCAACAUGCUUUAUUUGCAGACAAUGCCUCUUGGUUGGAGAAUUAUGCCAAUGGCAGCCUUGGGUUCCUUCUAGCAGAUGCAGGUUAUGAUGUCUGGAUGGGAAACAGUCGGGGGAACACUUGGUCAAGAAGGCACAGAACACUGUCCAUCACUGAAGAAAAAUUCUGGGCCUUUAGUUUUGAUGAAAUGGCCAAAUACGAUCUCCCAGCAAUAGUAGAUUUAAUUGUAAAUAAAACCGGUCAGGAGAAGCUGUAUUUCAUCGGGCACUCACUUGGCACUACAAUAGGGUUUGUAGCCUUUUCCACCAUGCCUGAACUGGCACAAAGAAUCAAAAUGAAUUUUGCCUUGGGUCCUGUGGUCUCAUUCAAAUAUCCCACGGGCAUUUUUACCAGUUUUUUUCUACUUCCAAAUUCCAUAAUCAAGGGUAUUUUUGGUACCAAAGGUGUAUUUCUAAAGACAGGAAAGGAACCCGCCCUCAAAAUCUGCAACAAUAAAAUAUUAUGGGUGAUAUGUAGUGAAUUUAUGUCCUUAUGGGCUGGAUACGACAAGAAAAAUAUGAAUAUGAGUCGAAUGGAUGUGUAUAUGUCACAUGCUCCCACUGGAUCAUCAAUGCAGAACAUCCUGCAUAUAAAACAGCUUUACAGAUCUGAUGAAUUCAGAGCUUAUGACUGGGGAAGUGAAGCAGAGAACAUGCAUCACUACAAUCAGAGCCGUCCCCCGCUCUAUGACUUGACUGCCAUGAAGGUGCCUACUGCUAUGUGGGCUGGUGGCCAUGACGUCCUUGUGACAUUCCGGGAUGUGGCCAGGGUAAUCCCCCAAAUCAGGAAUCUCCAGUACUUCGACCUCUUGCCUGACUGGAACCACUUCGAUUUCAUCUGGGGCCUGGAUGCUCCCCAGAGAGUGUAUAGUAAAAUCAUAGCCUUGAUGAAGUCAUACUCCUGAUGGCAAGGAAUUACUUCUUGGUUAAAAGUUGCCUGCCAGCCCAGGGUAGGCUUUGGGAAAGAGACUGGUCAGCAGGGAGGCCUCCUCUGGCGUCCUUCAACUCAUUUGCUGUUGCUAAGGGUUUCCCUUACCCGACAUCCCCGCUAGGAGUUAUUUCAACUGUGCUGCUCAUUAGCUUAAAAAUUCUCCCACCUUCCCCCCUCAGUCAGGGGAGGCCCCAUUUUUCAUUUGUGCGAAAUAUGCCCUUGGGAGACUAGUUCAAAGAGGCCUUUUUCUUUCCUUAUUAAAGUCAAUUUCUUAAAAGGAAAGACUUUGCAAAGGCAGCCAUUUGGGAAUAUAUUUUGGAGGGCGGUGAUCUUAUGACUUGCUUGAAAUCACCACUAGGGCCAGAGACAUGAUGGCCAUCUGUAAACAGGCCAUGAAAAUAAGCUCCGGUCCACAUCCAGUAGGAAAGAGAACAUCACAUUGGAAAAGACUAACAAAAUGGAAGUAUUCCCACGAAGGACUAGGUAGGAUAUGCUGAAUUACUGCUUGUUCUGAAGUUACAACACAUAAGAAAUAAAUCUCUCACGUCUUGCCCUAAAGAUAAGUUAAACUGAUCACCAGCAGUGUCUUCGUGGUCAAAGUGGGAUUUAUACUAUGGCUUGUACCCAAAUGACAUUUAAAGCAGCUUCCAGAAAGCCUAUGGUGGGGGGGGGGGGCGCUAGGAAUAUUCCAAGUCUUGCUCUAUUUCAUUCUCUAAAUGAUGCAGAUGUUGAUUCUAGGAUUUAGUACAGAGUUCCAAGAGCAGCAUGAAGUUUUGUGUCCGUUUCUGGAUUCCUGAGCAGUGGAAACUUGGAAAAGUUCUUUACCCUCUGUGAAGAUGUCACUAACGGAAAACUGUUUACAUUCCUCAAGGAAUGAACAUACCUCCCACAGUUAAUUUUUAAAAAGUAAUGUAUGUUAGCCCCCCAAUAUUUGCAUGUCGGAUCAGGGUCUUUUGGAUGUCAAAUACCACAUAAUCAUUCUUUAAUAAAUAAUUCAUACCUCAUCAUUUAUAACCUUAAUUUUAAUGUCUUUCAAAAGAAUAAUAAUUUUAAUACACUGGGGAAGCCAUUUGAAGUGCAAA